CAUGCAGUGGGGCUGCUUUUUGUGGUUGAUAUCGCAGCAGUGGAUUUUAGUUUUUACCCGCAGGACGCUGGAUUCGCCUGCUUCUCAAUAGUAAUUUUCAUCCCAUCCUUGUUCGCGACGUUGGCUUCGCCUUACCUGGGGCGGGACUACCUCUCGGCUCGUUUUUACUUAUCUCUAGAAUUCGACGGCCAAGGAAAUUAUCUCACAAAAAUAUUAUAGAAUCUAUUCUUCAGAUAUUCAUCUAUUCUCAAGAUGUUUUCUGGCAAAGACAGCAGCAAGACGUUUCGCCCAAAAAAGAACAUCCCGGAGGGCACCCACCAGUAUGAGCUCAUGAAGCAUGCCGCGGCCACGCUGGGUAGUGGAAAUCUUCGCGAAGCCGUCAAGCUGCCUGAUGGAGAGGACAUGAAUGAGUGGGUGGCAGUGAACACUGUGGAUUUCUUCAACCAGAUCAACAUGUUGUAUGGCAGCGUCAGCGAACACUGCACGGCGGAGAGCUGCCCGAUCAUGUCCGCCGGUCCUCGAUUUGAGUAUCACUGGGCUGAUGGCCAGAGUGUCAAGAAACCCAUCAAAUGCUCAGCACCCAAGUACAUGGACUACUUGAUGAGCUGGGUACAAGAACAGCUGGAUGACGAGAGCAUCUUCCCAUCCAAAGUCGGCGUGCCAUUCCCCAAAAAUUUCCUGUCAACCGCGAAAACCAUUCUGAAGCGACUGUUCCGUGUUUACGCACACGUCUACCAUCAGCAUUUCCAGUCCGUAAUUCAUCUGGGUGAGGAGGCUCAUUUGAACACCAGCUUCAAGCACUUCAACUUCUUCAUUGCCGAGUUCAAUCUCGUAGAAAAACGUGAGCUGCAGCCGCUUCAGGAGUUGAUCGAGAAACUAGGCUCGUCCGACAGCUGAGCAAUUGGCCGACAUAGUUCGCGCAUUGCUGGCUUUUUUAUGUCGUAGCGGCCCACCUUGCGAUUCGGUUUCUGUAAGUGGAUUUUGCGUGCAUUUAUUUUUACUAUAAGUGCAAUAAGGUUUUUAGUGAUUUUAUCCACAUUUCACUUGAGGGUUUUGACCUUUUUCUAAUCAAGCCUCUUUUGGCUAGUCCUUUGUUCGGCUCAAAUAAUUGCGAGAUAGAGUACGGUUGUUAGUUGCAACUUGACAACUCGAAAGCAGUGGUGCUCUUUCAGAAGAUUCGAACAACACUCCUUUGCCACCCUCCUCAGAUCAAUCAAUAGUUUGGCUUGCCCUCUCCUCCGUUUAUUUACCUCGCAGCUGUCUAUCCUUCCGUGAAGCUUUGACGUAUUAUUUUAGAAGUGCUUCACGUGGUGAUUUGCUGCAUAUUUUUUACACCGGGCAAGGCAGUUGCAGUUGCCUUUUACACUAAUCCUUUUUGUACCCAAGGCAGUCCUUCUCUGAGUCCUAUUUCCUCUCCACUGCUCUGCACAAGUUUUUACCUCCGUUAUUUGCUCAUGAUUUUUAUUUUCCCCCCCAAAAGAUAACUGCAAAAUGUGGAAAGUCAAUGUGGCGCCUGCUACGUCGUUCUGGCCAGUAGCCGCUGCCUACCCGGCUA